UUAAAAUUGUUUUUACGCUGUACACAGCUCUUCAAAAUGAAAAUGCAAAUAUACAUUGUAAGAGAAUACUCCACAGAUUUACAUUCCUGGUCAAGCAGAUGCUUCAUUAUGAAGAGACAUCUCUGAAGGGUUUGUUUUCCCAACUAUAUAAAGCUGUGUUGUCUAUAGGAGAUACACAGACAAGAAGAUAGUGCAUCUGUCAACCACAUUCCAACAGUAAAACGUUGCAUGAGGAAUGUUUAUUUCAGAGCCAGAACUUUCUUAAAGAAUGGGGGACAAUGAUUGUAACUUCGUAAAAGAGGAUGACAUCACUAACUCAAGUAUAAUUGUCCUGGUAAUCUUAGUAUGUGAGGCUUUUGUCGGGAUGUGGAUAAAUUCUUUCAUUAUGGCUGUGAAUUGUGUUGGAUGUGUCAAGCAGAGGUGCCUGUCUUCAACUGAUAAUAUCUUGGCUGUCCUGGCAUUCUCAAGAUUUUGCUUCUUGCUCAAAACAACUUUACAGACUUUUUGCUCAACAUUUUACCCAGAGAUCUAUUACCUGCACUCCGUGUUCCAAGCAUUCAGAGCGGUCACCUGGUUUUUGAACUCUUCCAAUCAAUGGUUCGCUGCCUGCUUGUGUGUAUUUUACUGUGUGAAAAUUGCAAACUUCAGCCACCCCCUCUUCAUCUGGCUAAAAUUUAAAAUCUCCAGGCUGGUGCCAUGGUUGCUCCUGGGAUCUGUGCUUUUCUCCUUGUUCAGCAGCCUCCCUUUCCUUAAUGCUAUUUACAAAAUAGAGUGUAAUGAUUUCAAUUCCAGCCUCAAAAGACAUUACAAUGCGAAAAAUGUCACAGUGGAAACAUCUGUGUCUCAAGUACUUUCUAUCUGUGGCACUGGAUUUUCCAUGGCGUUCACCAUAUUUAUCAUUUCAGCCUCUCUGUUGUUGUUCUCUCUCUGGAGACACACACAACAGAUGCAAAACAACUCAAGUAGUUUCAGGAGCCCCUGCAUGGAGGCCCACAUUCAAGCAAUGAAAACUAUCGUGUCUUUCUUCCUCAUCAAUAUUGUUAACUUUAUAGCUUUGCUGACCUUGUUGACGAAUAUAUAUCAAGAAACAUCUCCUGCCAGCAUUGCCUGUACAAUCAUUGUAGAUGCUUGUCCAUCAGUACAUUCCGUUAUCUUGAUUCUGAGCAAUCCCAAACUGAAAAAAACUUUGAUUAAAGUUCUGCAUUAUGCAAAGUGCAAGAGAUGAGUAGGAGACAGAACAUCAUAAAAUCUACUUUUGUCCUUCAGAUGGAAUCCAUUAGAAGAAACUCAGGC